CCGCCCCCACCUCCCAGUCCUCACGGUCCUGAGGAAGGAAGGCUGGGACAGCGUUUGCUCAGCCUAAUUCUUUGGAUAAUUCAGAUGAAUCUGAUCUUGUCAUGGAGAAGACUUACCAAAAGCACCUUUUUUAACUGAAGCUCGCCAGACUUGAACUGUCCUUUAAAGUAAUUUAUUGUUGCAAAACUCAACACGUUUGUAAAUUGCCCAAUGGAAAUGAAGGGCUGGGAGUUGUUUCUGGGGGAGUUCCGGAACAAAGCCUGCUGGUAUUUAAACAAUUUAUGUGAUCAUUUGUCUUAAGAACCAUCUUGACUAUCCCAAUUUUUUUUUUUUUUUUGCAUCGUUAGCAGAUUCCACCUGUUUCUGUGGACUACGUGUAGCUAAUACCUGGCAGUAACCUAAGACUUAUUUCUUGUAACAGGCUUUUCACCUAGAAGAAAACAUGUUUGGUUUUCACAAGCCAAAGAUGUAUCGCAGUAUAGAGGGCUGCUGUAUUUGCAGAGCUAAGUCAUCAAGUUCUCGAUUCACUGACAGUAAACGCUAUGAAAAGGAUUUCCAGAGCUGCUUUGGGUUGCAUGAAACCCGUUCAGGAGACAUCUGCAAUGCCUGUGUUUUGCUUGUCAAAAGAUGGAAGAAAUUACCAGCUGGAUCAAAAAAAAACUGGAAUCAUGUGGUAGAUGCCAGGGCAGGCCCCAGCCUAAAGACUACCUUGAAACCAAAGAAAGUGAAAACCCUGUCUGGAAACAGGAUAAAAAGCAACCAGAUCAGUAAACUGCAGAAGGAAUUUAAACGUCACAAUUCUGAUGCUCACAGUACCACCUCAAGUGCCUCCCCAGCUCAGUCUCCUUGUUACAGUAACCAAUCUGAUGAUGGCUCAGACACAGAGAUGGCUGCUGGCUCUAACAGGACACCAGUUUUUUCCUUUUUAGAUCUUACAUAUUGGAAAAGACAAAAAAUAUGUUGUGGGAUCAUCUAUAAAGGCCGCUUUGGGGAAGUCCUCAUUGACACCCAUCUGUUUAAGCCUUGCUGCAGCAAUAAGAAAGCAGGCACUGACAAGCCCGAGGAGCCGGGGCCGGAGCCACUGCCCAUCUCCACACAGGAAUGGUGACAGGCCCAGGCAGAAGCCAUCGAAAGUUGGCAGAGAAAACAAGCAACCAACUGACCCUCUUCUUUUGAACUUGGAUCCUUGCUAUUCUGCCAAAAGACAUUUUCUAGAAUAGUUUUAUGAAAGGUGUUUCUUUUCCUUCCCCAGUCCCACAAACUCUGAAGCCAGUGUCUACUUACUACAAGAAAA